AUGUCUAUCAUCAUCACUGGUGCGAAUGGUUACGUCGGACAAGAGCUGGCAGCAGCCUUGUUGGACCAAUACCCUAAGACCACAGUGACCCUUACGGAUGUGGUCACUCCAGCGCUUCCGGAGGCUGCCGCCGCCCACGCAUCGCGAGCCAAGUGCGUACAAGCAGACCUGAGCUCGCACGAAGUGGUUGACGAGAUGUUCAACGCGACCCAUCGCUUCGACACGGUUUAUCUCCUACACGGGAUCAUGUCGAGCGGCGCCGAGGCCAACUUCGAGCUGGGUAUGAAGGUCAAUCUCGAUGCCACGCGGUACAUCCUCGACCGACUGCGCGCCGUCAUGCCCGGCGUCAAGGUGGUUUUCACGUCCAGCUUGGCCGUGUAUGGCAUUUCGCCGCCCGGGUUCGUCAUCGACGAGAGCAAUCUGCCCCCAAUCCCGUUGACCUCGUACGGAACACAGAAGCUCAUCGUUGAGUUUAUCCUGAACGAUUACUCGCGUCGCGGGUUCCUGGACGGGCGCGCGGUGCGUCUGCCCACGGUGACGGUACGAGCGGGAAGACCUACACAAGCGGCGAGUAGCUUUGCCAGCGGCAUUAUCCGCGAGCCCUUUAAUGGAGAGAAGGCACUGCUCCCCGUGAGCAAGACAACAGAGCUGUGGAUCUGCUCGCCCUACACGGUGGUGAAGAACCUCUUGCACGCGCGGGAGAUCCCCAAGGAAGCGUUUGGGGAGUCGAGGUCCGUGAACUUGCCCGGAUUGAAGGUUAGCGUGCAGGCGAUGCUGGAUGCGCUGGAGGAAAUUGGAGGACCGGAGCGGCGGGCAUUGGUGGAGGAGAAGUACGAUGCGGAUAUUGAUCGGAUCGUGCAGACUUGGCCGCCGAACUUCAACACGGCGCGGGCGAGACAACUGGGAUUUUCGGAGGAUAUGAGUUUGGUGGAGAACAUCCGGGAGUAUGCGAAGCGACUGAGGUAG